AUGAGCAGCGGCGAAACCAACGAUGACUUGUUCGGAACCGUCGGUGACCAGGCCGAAGCCGUCAAUCAAGAUAUCAAGAAAGGGUAUCAGGAUGCCGAAGGUCAUCCCAUCCACGAAGUAGAAAGUUUGUGUAUGAACUGCCAUGAAAAUGGAACCACCCGAAUGUUAUUGACGACGAUCCCCUUCUUCAGGGAGAUCAUCAUCAUGUCGUUCGAGUGUCCCCACUGUGGCCUCAAAAACAGUGAAAUCCAACCAGCUGCCCAGAUCGCUGAGAAGGGCUCGAGAUAUAUUUUGAAGAUUGAAGACAAAAAGGACUUCAACAGACAAGUAGUCAAAAGUGAGUCAUCCACAUGUAAGUUCCACGAGUUGGAUAUCGAGAUUCCUCCAAAGAGAGGCCAAUUAACCAAUGUCGAAGGGCUAUUAUCAGAGAUGAUUGAAGAUUUGGAAAGUGACCAGGAGGCCAGAAAAUCGAUUCAGCCUGAAGUAUAUGAAAAAAUCAACCAGGUAAUUGCAAAGAUCAAAAGCUAUAUCAACGCCGAGCCCAACACCUUGCCGUUGACGUUCUCCAUUGACGAUCCAGCAGGAAACUCGUGGGUUGAAUAUGUCCCCGAUGAGCCUUCUCACAAAUGGUCUAUGUACGAAUAUAGCAGGACGGCUGAGCAAAAUGUGUUUUUAGGUUUAAUUUCUGCCGACGAUGUGUUGAUGGCUAAACAAGAAGAGGCUGCUAGUAAGAAGGCUGCCACCGACAGUAACGUCUCCAACCGGGAAUUAGGAGACGACCAGGCGGUCAAAUCGUCUGGUUUCAUUUCUGAUGAAACUGAGAUCGAGAACUUGGACAAUGAAGUUCAAACCUUCCAUGCCACCUGCUCUUCAUGUUACAAACCAUGUGCCACUCACAUGAAGACCGUCAACAUCCCUCACUUCAAAGACGUCAUCAUCAUGUCCACCGUUUGCACCAACUGUGGGUACAAAUCUAACGAAGUCAAGACUGGUGGUGCCAUUCCUGAGAAAGGAAGGAAAAUCACCUUGAAGGUCACUGACCCUGAGGACUUGGCCAGAGAUAUCUUAAAGUCUGAGACCUGUGGAAUGACGAUACCUGAAUUAAACUUGGAUUUGACUUCAGGGACUUUGGGAGGAAGAUUCACCACUAUUGAAGGUUUACUCACCCAAGUCAAGGAAGAAUUGCAUUCGAGGGUUUUCCAACAGACCUCUGAUUCCAUGGACGAUGAAACCAAAACCAGAUGGACCACUUUCUUUGCUAGGUUGCAAGAUGCCAUCGAUGGUAAAGUCGGUUUUACCAUUUCCAUGAUUGACCCAUUGGCAUCUUCAUACAUUCAAAAUGUCUAUGCUCCAGACAAUGAUCCAAAUAUGGAGAUUGAAGAGUUUGAGAGAAGUCAUGAACAGAACGAAGACUUGGGUUUGAAUGAUAUGAAAACUGAUUAA